GACAGAGAGAGAGAGAGAGAGAGAGAGAAAAGUGAAAUGUCGAAGUUAAUGUGAGCGCGCUGGAAUACAGAACCGGAAGCAAAGCAAAGUGAAAAAAAAAAUAGAGGUUUUGCUAAUAAAGACCAGGCACGUUGGGUAAACUUUAGAGAGCUUUAGAGGUGAGGUUUCAUUUUAUUGUAGUUUUUUUUUAGCCAUGGUGGGAAACGAGAGGAAAUUUUUAUUGUAUUUGGGACUUGGAUGAAACUAAAAAUUACUUCAGCACCAACGGAGUAGUAGAAGAAGAAGAAGAAGAAGAAGAAGAGGGUCGCUAACCAUUUAGCUAACCAUUUUAGCGUAACUAACUCCCAUUUUUUAGCUUCUUCACUUGUCAUAUUCCUAGUCCAGGUGUUGGAGAGAUUUCUAUCCUCCUCAUUUUUUCUGUUGAAUCCAACACCAGGCGAAAAUUAAAGCACCCUGAGAGUGAGAGAGAGAGGGAGAGAGAGAGAGAGAGUGAGGGAGUGAGUGAGAGAGAGUGAGGGAGUGAGUGAGUGCCUUAGCAGUGGGGAGUGUUGAUAAGCAGCUAGCUUGCUAUAGCUAACAACAUUGCGGCGGCUAACAUGGAGGAAGAGGUGCCUGGAUGUGUUAGCAUCAUGGCAGCACUCUUACAUAAUCCUCCAACAAAAUCGCGCUCGUUUUUGGCUUCGUUUAGACGCAGAAAUGUGGACUUGGUUUGAUUUUGUGGGCUGAAAUCAAACAGGAUCAACGCAAACAUGGAUUCCAACCCUCUCAUAAGUGCCAUGGACCCAUCCAUCACGCUGUGGCAGUUUCUGCUGCAUCUCCUGGAUGACCAGAACCAGCGGCACCUGAUCUCCUGGACGUCCAACGACGGCGAGUUUAAGCUGCUGGAUGCCGAGGAGGUGGCGCGCCUCUGGGGGCUGCGCAAGAACAAAACCAACAUGAACUACGACAAGCUGAGCCGCGCACUACGCUACUACUACGACAAGAACAUAAUAAAGAAAGUAAGCGGUCAGAAGUUCGUCUACAAGUUUGUGACUUUUCCUGACCCCAACUCUGCCGACGGCCUCAGAAGCCCUGAGGAUGCCCAGCGGCUCAUCAGCGGCGAGAAAGUGGAGGCGUCUGUCCAAUCCAAAGCAGCAGGGGGCGCCAGUGCCGCCGUGGCCUCCCUGUCCAAGAGCCUGCAGCCUCAGCGCUCGUCUCCUAGCUCAGUGCAGCGCAGCUCCCGCAACGACUACAUGAAGUCAGGGCUUUACUCCACCUUCACCAUCCAGUCCCUGCAGACGCCCUGCAAGAGCUCCAGCAAAGCUGUGAAAACGGAGCUGCCUGCGGAGAACACGCCCAAACUGAGCAGCACUGAGCGACCGCUGCAAGAGAUGCGGGUAUGUCAGCCAGAAGCCCAGCAGGCUGCAGUGGUCACUCCGUCUACAGCGGACAGCAGCGGUCUGCAGGUGAUAGUGACACAACCUUCACCCUGUGCCACUCCCGCCCUCAGCCCACAGACGCCCUCCGCCUCUGCUGCGCCCCCUACGAACGGGCAGCCGCAGAAGAACCAGGGACUCAAUGAUCCCCCUCAGAUCUUCCUGACGAGUGUGUCCGACCCCAGCUCGCUGACUUCGCUGAUCCAGGUAGCCGGUAGCGACUGCGUGGUCAGCUCUCAGCAGGGUCACCCUGUGUUUGUGGUCAUAAAGCCUCCACCUGUAGGGGAAUCCAAAGAACCGAACAUCACUUCUGGAGAAGACCUGCUGGACAUCGUGGACCUGGACGUCAAACCUGAAGCCGAGACGAUCCCUGUGUCCACUCCAGUGGUUACGGAGGCUCCGGUGCCUGUCGAUACCUCUCCACCUUCCUGCCCCGAGCCCGUGGUACAGCCAGUGUUAGAAUCAGAGCAGAGUGAUGAGUCUCAGCCACCUGUGGAGGACACGAGCACCGCCGCAGCAACGCAACCAGCCUCCACUCAGGAAGUGCAGCCGCCCAAAUCCAAGAAGCCACGCGUGCUAGAGCUUCCCUCGUCUCCCUCGCCGCUUCCCCCUGGCCUCUCUCUGGAUAAAGUCAGCGCAGCGGUGAACAGCCUGCUGGCCCCAGGCAGCACCACAAACACCCUCACACCCACCGUCAUCACCUCUCACGCCUUGACUCCGGUGUUGUUGACGCCGAGUCCCCUCCCAUCCACCAUCCACUUCUGGAGCACGCUGAGUCCCAUCGCCCCGCGCAGUCCUGCCAAGCUCUCCUUCCAGUUCCCCUCUAACGGGAGUAAUCAGAUCCACAUCCCAGCGCUGAGCGUGGACGGACUGUCUACUCCUGUCGUCCUGUCCCCGGGCCCUCAGAAACCGUAGACGUCCCGGCCCUCCCUGGCCCUCGAGACGACAGGUAACACACAGCCAGCACUCUGCACAGCGAGUCCUGAUUGGUGGUCAGCUGAGCGUCUGGUCCAAUGGCAGGCGAGCAGGAUUGGAUUACACCCUCAGGCUGGCUGUGUGAUUGGCUGAAACGGGAACCUCUAUCUUUCAGCCUCAGACUAAAAGGUGCCAUUUUAUAGACCAAGUUCCACUCAAGUUCAUUUCUUCCCCUUGAUUCUUUCAUAUCCUUACCGUUCUGUAUGUUAUUUAUUUUUGUCGUCUCAACAGAGUAGAUAUUUUGGUGCAUAUUUUAGUUUCUUUUUCAAGGAGUUCGCUAAAAUGUUUGGAAUAUACACCUUUUGAGGUCUCUCUUCUUUCCUCACCUGUUGUGAGACGACGCAUCACGAAGCAGACUUUGUUUCUCCAGACUUCAUUUCUUAUUUUGUUAAUAAAGACGUAAAGCUGAAAUAUAUCAGAAGACAGCCAGAUGGCAGUGAAGACACACUUCCUUCUUUUCCACUUCUGAACUUGCAAAGCAUGACUUUUUUUCUGUUUUUUUUUUUUUUUUUUUUUAAGAUUAAAACCGAAAACACAUUUUAAAAAAUGUGGAUUUUCUUCAUGACUGACUACAUGGAAUUUAUUUUGCUAAAGAGGCAUUUAAUUCUCGUGGAAUGAAAAGGCCAUCUGUAGGAAUUAUAGAAGCGGAAACGGGAAAUGGGAAGACAGCGCAUGAUCCGCCGAUUAUCAACUCCUCGUCAUGACGCAGAAUGUAUCGAUGUUCCUUUUUGCUACGACGUCGUUUCUUUCCCUCUCAUCAUUUACUCCCAUUCCAUUUUGAACGUUCAUGUUUUUUUGUUUUUUGUUGGUCUUUUUUCUCGUCAGCUGUGUUGUGUAGAAAUGUUUGUAGUUUUUAUGUUCAAUAACCUUUUCAGUUGUUGGUAUUAGGGGAAAAAAAAAAAAAAUGCCAGAGGAGACCAAAGACCAGCAAUUUGUACUGAAUUUAAUGAGCAUCUCUGUAUGUGCUGCACAUCUCUCUCUCUCUCUCUCUCUCUCUCUCUCUCAAUCUGAGUUUCUCGCUUUGUCUCUGUCUGUUGCUAAAUUUGUCACAUAAAAGGGCUACAGGAUUCAUCACACUACCAAAACAUCAGCUCUCUCUGCCUAUCCUCAGUGACUGGAGUUACAUAAUAACUGACAAUGAUUUUCUUCAUUAUUCUACAAAGAUAUAAAUGUUAUUCUCUCUUCUUAUUUUUUUUCUUGCCUCAACGGAGUUGGGUGUCUCUCCACAUUUCUUUGCUGCGUGUUUAAUCAGAUUCAUUGGGAAAAGUUGAGUAUUUUUAAAACGAAACUCAAUUCUCACCUCCAAGCUGUGAACUGUGUUAUUUUUCUUUUUUCAGCAUGAAAGUGGAGACAGACAAGUAAGUGUGAUGCCGGUUUUUUUUUUUUUUUGUUUCAUACAAAAGCACAAUGACAUUCUGGAUUUAAUUGCAGCUCAUUGAAAAAGCUGUUCCCUUUCCUUAUUUGAGAAGGUGUCAUGCAAUCAUAACGCACUUAGUGCAAACGCACAGAUUACACACACAAGCCCAUUUUUCGAAUACUUAAUUACAUCGUGUAAAACCAGGUAAAGUUUUUUUGUUUUUUUUUCCCCGGACUGUAAGACACUAUAAUGCUGCUAAGUGUAUGCAGCGAUAUUUCUGUCAGACGGAAUCAUAAAGAAAUGCAACAAUGACAUCGUAAUUUACAGGAUGAUGUAAGGAAUAGCGGUGCUUUGUGGCUCGACCCCAAGCAGAUAACUCUUACUUUUCUACAACAGCAUGUCCUGACGUGUUUUAUCGCUCAGCGAUUUAUCAACAAUUGCACUUUUUAAUUAAGAACAAAAACUCAUACUUUCUCUCCAUUUAUAGUUACGCUUAAUGUUGUGAAAUGUCUGUGAGACAAGUUGGUUCCUGUUAUCACUUACAUACUACCAGUUAUUAACAGUAGUUCUUUCACCAGUCUCUCUCUUUUUUUUUUUUUCCUCGAGAAACCACUAAUCGUAAACUCCGUCCUGAGAACUGUCCCGUAAUGGAAAACUUACUGAUCUUUACAUAGCACUUGCACCGGAGACUCCUUCCAUUAAUGUUAAAUAAACAUAUCGUUACACAAACCUUCAUAAUAUCAGUGAUUGUACGUUUGUCUCUGUUAAAUAACACAUUGUUUUAUAUGUUUAUUAUUAGCCUUCGUUUAUGUACAUUGUCUGCCAUACAAGUCUCUCUGGAUGAGUCUUACUGUAGAAAAAAAGAACGUAUUAGAGCGAGCACAUUAAUAUAAACCUGUGGUUUGAAUUACAGCCUGAACUACUAUCAGAGCUGCUGAAUAUUAAUCAACAACUCUACGACAAAUCAGAUUUGAUCAGUGCUCUGCUAUAAAUUCAGAUUUACGAAUCACAGCUUUCAUGCUGCGUGUAUAAAUCAGUGGUUACACUGCCAAAGCAAUGAUUAUAUCACAAAGCUAUUGACUGAAACACGUCACUGCUGUAGCAUUUUGAGGCACGUGGACCAAGUGGACAGAUUCGGAAAGCUGAAGGGGCAGAAAGCUUUGAGUUGUGACUUUGAGUUUAGUAAAAACUGUUAAACCUCCCGCAAUGAAAUGUACAAACUGGAUGUGCGAGAAAGUCAGAAGCUUAGAUGCACAGUUUGUUUCAUGAACAAUUCAAGUUGCGAAAUGUACAGAAUUGAAUAAGGAUGAUUUAUUUUGUGAUUUAUAAAUUAAACAUAGUUAAAGUUUGGUGACCGUUAUUGUAGAUCGACCAUUAAACUCAUAGCUGAACAUUUAGAGGCACUUAUUUCCUGCGUAAACAGGAAACAUUUUGGAAAUUCUGAUGUCAAAAUAGAAGUUUAGACACUAAACAAAAUCACAGAUUUGCCUUAUUUCCCCUAAAACACAGCACAGUCCAUUGUUCAAAUGAAAUUUGUUCAAAUGAAAUGUUAAAACGUCGCUUAUUCAAUGAAGAAACAUACGUAGGUUUUUUUCACAGUAUUUAUCACACAGUAUGUGUCUUACAGUCCGGAAAAUAAAUCAGUACUUAAGGUGUGAGUUACGGCACGCCAUGUAUAUAUUUUUCAGUAAUCUAUUUUAAUCACCUUUGUAAGUGCAAAGAAGUUAGAGAACUGAAGCACAAGUGCACUGUAUCAGUAGGAGUGCUGAGUACCCUAUCGAGACACACAAACCCAAUUUCGUGUUUAAAUGGCGUUCUUAAAUGCACACAGUGAUUCAUAUGAUUCAUAUUAACACACAUCUGUGUGCACGUGCUGCGUUUGAUGAUUUUUUUUUUUUUUUCGUUUAAUAACAGCAGUAAAGUCAGGCUCAUAAGUAUCCAGCUAGCUAUGUUGCGUUAUUGAUGGUUUAAAAUCAUCAUGCUAAUUUUCUGCUUCUACGUCAAAUAAAUUUGUUAACAAUGUAGAAAACCUGGGCCAAAGCUGAUGUGUAAACCUAUCAAAAGCCAGUAAAAAUAUACUCAAGUGCCAAAUCUGACUCUUGAGUUAAUUAGCAGGUCGCUAAGUGAGUAGCCUUGCAUUAGACCAAGAACUUCUUUUUUCAUCUUAUUUCACUUUGUGUGUUUGAUGAUCAUUUUGCUUUCUUUUACAACUCUGUGUUUGAUUUCAUGUAUUUGUAAUUUAAUGGUAACAAUUCUGACUGUUUGAAUAAGGGGUUGAGGAAGUGCUGUUGAUUUUGACCUCCUCUGGAAUAUCUGUGUUUUUCUGUUUGUGUUUUAUGGUCCUGGGUUAGAAAUGUCAUUUCUGAAACACAACACAACACAACACACCUCACUAGCAGAUUUGUACUGAAGCCAUGUCUUGGAUGCAGGUUGGGAAUUCACACCUCGGUUUGCAUGACAUCACAUUCGGAUUUCAGGAUUAGACGGUUAUGCAUGUGAUUAUAAAACUGACUGGAUCUCGUUUCUACACUUAAGUCUAAACUCAAAUUGUUCAUUGAAUUGGGGUUGAAUCUUGAGUAUUUUGUUUUAUUCUGGACUGAAAAUUAAUGGUAACCAUAAUGAGCGAGCUUUUGGCUUUUUUUGCCUUUUUUUUUUUUAUUUUUAAUUAUUUAUUUUUAUUUUUUAAGUAGUUCUUUAAGUGUACACUGAUACCUUUACCAGACUCUUACUGAUGAGGAUGAGUGAUAAAAGCCAUUUCACACAAAUAAUAAUUUUUUUUUUUUUUCUUUUUCACCAUCGAGGCGCUUCGUUCAUUUGUGUAUAACAGGUAAUUCGGGCAAGUAAUACGAUUGCAAUAUUUGAUUUGCCACUGUGAUCAUUACUAUUUUUGUCCUGACUGAUGGUGAGUGAUGCAUUUAGUAUUUUAAGAAGGACAGACAGAACGCAGGAUGUGCAGUAUAUUUACACAAAGUCAUGCGUUAUGGUAUUAAUGAAUGUGAAUUCCAGGAAGAGGACUGGACUUGCUUUAAUGCUGAUUAGUUUCUGCACAUGUCUGUAAAAUACUGCAUUCGUUUUUAAAUCGCUUAAGCUUUUUACACUUGACUGCUCUCCAAAGAGUUGUUCUGCCACUUUAACCAUCAGUAGACAUGGAACCCAUUAACACCGAUCAAUACACUGACAACAUGCUGCGUACUCAAUACUCCAAAAUUAGCCUUUUCAUCAUUCGCUUUGGUGUAAAGAAGAAAAGCCAUACUUCUUACCAUUGUGGUGUAAGUCAUAAUGAUCGCUUACUAUAUUUAUCCUGUUUUUAUAUAUAAAUCUGUUAAGACUGUACAUGUCAGAUCUCCACCAUUUGACAAAUAUCUUAUGCAUGAUUUUGCUUCUGAUUGUAACUUUUCUUGAAAAGUUUUUCAGAAGGUGAUAGAAGCAUCUGGGUUUUGCAUUCGUUUGGCCUAAUUAGGAAACUUCUAGGUGGCUGGAGUUAGUUUCUAAAAAAAAAAAAAAAAAGAAAAAAAAGAGAGCAGUGAGAUUUUCUUGGGAAAGGUUACCAGAGCUGUUCAGGACUAAUUGUAAAUUCAGCUAUAGCUUUGUAAAUGCCAACUUCGACUGCUGUUGCUUGUGUUAAACCAGCUGCCUCUAUGUGUUCUCAUAAGAUCAACAUUUCUGAAGACUUCAGUUCCAACCCUAAUCAUUUACAUCUGCUCCAGCUAAUCAAACACCUUGUUGGAUUUAUCAAGCUCAUCACCUCAGUUUAUCCAGCUGUUCAGGCUGAUCACGCAUCAUCCAGUUGUUCAGGCUGAUCAAACAUAAUCCAGCUGUUGAAGCUGAUCAAACAUCCAGCUGACUGAGCUGAUCAGAUGUCAUUCAACCUGAUUAAACUUUGUCCAGUCGAUUUAGCUGAUUAAGCUUCGUCCAGCUGAUCAGAUCAGAUGUCAUCCAGCUGAUUGAGCUGAUCAGAUUUCAUCCAGCUGAUCGAGCUGAUCAGAUUUUUUCAGCGUUAUUGUAUUGGUAAAGCUUUGUCCACCCAGUUCAGCUGACCAAACUUUGCCCAUCUGUUUGAGCUGUUAAAAUUUUGUCCAGCUGAUCAUACAUACAGUUGAGCUGACCAAACUUUAUCCAGCUGAUUGAGCUGAUCGGAUUUCGUCCAGCCAAUUUAGCUGCUCAGACUUUGAUUCGAUGAAAUUACCUCCAGCUGAUGAAGCUGCUCAGAAUUUGUUCAGCCAGUUUAGCUGCUCAGUCUUUGUCCAGCUGUUCGAUCUCAUCAGAGUUUGUCUAGCUGUUCGAUCUGAUCAGAGUUUGUCUAGCUGUUCGAUCUCAUCAGAGUUUGUCUAGCUGUUCGAUCUGAUCAGAGUUUGUCUAGCUGUUCGAUCUGAUCAGAGUUUGUCUAGCUGUUCGAUCUCAUCAGAGUUUGUCUAGCUGUUCGAUCUGAUCAGAGUUUGUCUAGCUGUUCGAUCUCAUCAGAGUUUGUCUAGCUGUUCGAUCUGAUCAGAGUUUGUCUAGCUGUUCGAUCUGAUCAGAGUUUGUCCAGCUGUUCGAUCUCAUCAGAGUUUGUCCAGCUGUUCGAUCUGAUCAGAGUUUGUCCAGCUGUUCGAUCUGAUCAGAGUUUGUCUAGCUGUUCGAUCUGAUCAGAGUUUGUCCAGCUGUUCGAUCUCAUCAGAGUUUGUCCAGCUGUUCGAUCUCAUCAGAGUUUGUCCAGCUGUUCGAUCUGAUCAGAGUUUGUCUAGCUGUUCGAUCUGAUCAGAGUUUGUCCAGCUGUUCGAUCUGAUCAGAGUUUGUCCAGCUGUUCGAUCUGAUCAGAGUUUGUCUAGCUGUUCGAUCUGAUCAGAGUUUGUCUAGCUGUUCGAUCUGAUCAGAGUUUGUCUAGCUGUUCGAUCUCAUCAGAGUUUGUCUAGCUGUUCGAUCUCAUCAGAGUUUGUCUAGCUGUUCGAUCUCAUCAGAGUUUGUCUAGCUGUUCGAUCUCAUCAGAGUUUGUCUAGCUGUUCGAUCUGAUCAGAGUUUGUCUAGCUGUUCGAUCUCAUCAGAGUUUGUCUAGCUGUUCGAUCUCAUCAGAGUUUGUCUAGCUGUUCGAUCUCAUCAGAGUUUGUCCAGCUGUUCGAUCUGAUCAGAGUUUGUCCAGCUGUUCGAUCUCAUCAGAGUUUGUCCAGCUGUUCGAUCUGAUCAGAGUUUGUCCAGCUGUUCGAUCUGAUCAGAGUUUGUCUAGCUGUUCGAUCUGAUCAGAGUUUGUCCAGCUGUUCGAUCUGAUCAGAGUUUGUCCAGCUGUUCGAUCUGAUCAGAGUUUGUCUAGCUGUUCGAUCUGAUCAGAGUUUGUCCAGCUGUUCGAUCUGAUCAGAGUUUGUCCAGCUGUUCGAUCUGAUCAGAGUUUGUCUAGCUGUUCGAUCUGAUCAGAGUUUGUCCAGCUGUUCGAUCUCAUCAGAGUUUGUCCAGCUGUUCGAUCUGAUCAGAGUUUGUCCAGCUGUUCGAUCUGAUCAGAGUUUGUCCAGCUGUUCGAUCUGAUCAGAGUUUGUCUAGCUGUUCGAUCUCAUCAGAGUUUGUCCAGCUGUUCGAUCUCAUCAGAGUUUGUCCAGCUGUUCGAUCUGAUCAGAGUUUGUCUAGCUGUUCGAUCUGAUCACAUUUUGUUCAGCUGAGUGAGCUGAUCACAUUUUUUCCAGCCGAGUGAGCUGAUCCACUUCCAGCUCUUCCAGCUAUACAAAGUUCAGAGGCAAAUACAGAAGCUGCUAAAGAGGAACGAUCACACAAUGAGGGUAGUGGGAACUCCGUGGUUUAGACAUUGGGCUACGGAUUGGAAGGUUGUGAGUUCAAAUCAAAGACACUUAAAUCAGUUGUAUCUUGUCUCAGUUGUAAAUGAUUGGAUAAAAGCAUCAGCCAAAUGAAGUAAAUGAUCAUGACUGAUUAUACAUCAGCAGAGCAGGUGGUGGUGAAUUAGGGUUGGAGCUCAACUCUUCAUUGAAGAUGUUUCUCCAUGGGCAAGGUCGGAGAUCCUGUAGCUAAAACUAAUGCAAUCAAUGCUGUACAUCUUGAAGCUAUGAUGACUGUUUAAGUACUUAUUGUUGUACCCUUGAGCACCACGUUAAAGGAACCAGGCCUUAAUAUUGAGUUAAAAAAACUGGGAUGGUCUUUACUGAUGAAACAUCAAAUCAGCACUUUACUGUUAUUAUUAGGUUCAAGUUCCAUGAUUAUAUCAGUUAUUGUUUUUUCAAAAGAGAUAGAAGAAUUUUCUAAUCUGAUUGUAUGGUUUGAAUUGUACAUCUUUAAAAAAAAAAAAAAAAAAAAAAAAAGAAUGUUAAUCUAUUAUAGGAUGAUUUUCCCCAUUUUUUUAUUUUAUUUUACCUGAACCAAAAUUGUGCUGAAAUUGUACUUGUGCAAGUUUUAAUUGUGCAAAGUUGUUACCAGCAUGCGCUUAAUGUUGUAGUAAUUUCAACUUUUAUGCAAGUGGGCGCACGUGUUCUAUACACAUACACACACACACACACACACACACACACACACACACAUAUACUUACAAAAAGCCAUUUAUUGAACAAUUGAUGUAAACGUUGAAACAGGCAGUCCUGCAGGUCUGGGACCGUUUUUUUGUGGAAAUGAAAGAGUCAGGUUGUUCGUAUCCAAUUUAAAUACCAGCAAAGAUUCAUAUGAACUCAAAUUUUGCCAUUUGUUGUGAGAAGUUACUGCUGAUCGAUGUUCUUAGGCGAGGAUAAGCGUAAACGUCUUUGCUUUUGGAUAUUGCUUGGCGUUUUAAAGGUUUUUUUCUGAGGUAUCAGAAUCGAAUUGUGGGUGGCUCAAAACUGUUAAAGACUUUUAUAAAAAAAAAAAAAAAAAAAAAAAAAAAAAAAGAAUUGUCUUUUAAAAGUUCCUGAAGCAUCCAGUACUUUCUGCUGUAGUCAGGUGUGUCUCUGAAGUUGAUUUUUCUCUUUAAACUGUUCCGCUAUUAUAUGGUUUAGUAUUGAAUAAUGUGCUGGGAUGUCUUUGUGUUUAAAAAAAAAAAAGCAAGUGUCUGAAUUUUCUGUAGUUCUAGUCCUGACUGAGUGUGGGACGUGGAUUUCAGAUCUAUUUCUUGGCCUCCCUUUCCCAGAUGAGACCUUCUCUCUGGGAGUUUAUUUAUAAAAAGGGACCAAGGGGCCUUUAUUUUUCAGAACUGUCCAAAUAUGAUAUUAUAUUUACUGGAAAGAGACGAGAUUAUUUUUAAUCUGCACAUUCUACUUGGUUUAUGUGUGUGUUAUAGAUAUUAAUCAUGUUUUCUAAAGAAAUAUGGAGCAAAUAUAUAUAUAAAAAAAAUAAAUAAAAUGCUAUUUUGUUCUUUA